CCUCUCUCUUCAAACAACAAACAAACAAAAGAAAAAACUUUUCUCCGAAUAUGGAGGAUCCAAGAACUCAGCUAGAGAAAAUGGGCAGAGAACUUAAGUGUCCUAUUUGCUUGAGUUUGCUGAAUUCUUCGGUGUCACUUACAUGCAAUCAUGUAUUCUGCAAUUCGUGCAUUAUGAAAUCAAUGAAGUCCGAUUCCAAUUGUCCGGUUUGUAAAGUGCCCUAUAGCCGUAGAGAGGUUCGUGCUGCUCCUCACAUGGAUAACUUGGUGGGCAUCUAUAAAAGCAUGGAAAUUGCUUCUGGAGUCAGUAUAUUUGUCACACAGAAUGAACUAUCAAUUAAGUCAUCAGAUAAAGAAAAGGGAGUUGAAGGUGAUCGCAUAUGCAGUGAACUAGCUGCAAGUAUGAUUUGUCAGGACAGAGCAGAUAAUCAAGAAACAUCCAAAAGAAAAGGGUUAAGGAGAAAAACUAAAACGAAUUUGGAUCAUUCUGGCCUUGGUACUGUGAAACCAUCCUUCCCAACCAAGAAAAGGGUUCAGGUCGCCAAGUAUCCUCUUCCAGAAACCCCAAAACAGCCUGCAAAGUUCGAAAAUGAACUGGUUAAUAACAGCAGCAUUCAGUUGAAGGACAGCUCUGUUGAUUUAAAGGAAAAAUCUUUUUUAAAUGAAAAAGGACCAGUGCUUCAACCUUUCUUUUGGUUGAGAGAGGAAGAGGACGAGGAAAAGUCAACUCAGAACACGGACGGGGAUGCAUAUUUAACACCACCAGAGAUUCCUUCUUUUAGUGAUAUAAUGGAUUCAUAUGAUCAAAGUUCUCAAUUGUCUCCAACAGCAGAAACGCAUCAUAGAACUGGUGAUUUGGAUUACUUUGAUAGUGAGAUGUUUGAAUGGACGCAAAGACCUUGCUCCCCAGAACUUCUUCCAAGUCCUGUUAAGACACAGGUGGUACAUGCUGAUGAAAAUGAUCAUAUUAAAGAGAAGAAAAUAGGAACAGCUUCACAUGUUGGAAAUACAAAUGAACAACAAUCCAUUGAAAAUGCUAAAGUGAACUCAGAAAAAGAAGAUGGAAUUAUAGAUGAGGGUUUCCCCAAAUCCUCUCCUAGAAGCAUCGAUAUCAACAAUCAGAUUGGAAAUGGUAAAUUGGGUAAGAGAGGCAUGAAGGCUAAGAAUAUUGCCAGAGCUAAGCGUUCAAAGAGAGAUAAAGUUCAAGGUUCCGAAAUUCAAGCUGAUUUAAGGGAGGAAUCUGUAAAUGUUGCACACCAAAUAAAUGACUGCACUGGCAGUUCCUCAGUUUUGAAGGCUAGGAAAAGGAGAGAGAAGCUUGGCUUGGGUAACUGUGCAACUGUGCCCGAAGAUCAAGAUGUACUUGUUCCUGUCAGGGCUGAAAAUCCAAACCAGGGUCGGAAAAACAGGGUGUCUGAUUUGCCUGCUUCAUUUGAUAAGAAGCAAGGCAGUGACGAAGAAUUUAACUUGGAGAAGACUAGAACAACCAGCCGGAAGAUCAAUGGCCGAAACUGUUUGAGGUCAAAGCGGCAAAAUAUGGGUCCUGCUGAAGUCAGCGUGCUUAAAAAAGUUUCUGCAGUUCAAAGCCAAACUAAUGAAGACACAGUUCUUAAAUCAUCAUUUAAAUCUUUCUGUCUGGUAGAUGGUAAAGAAGCCUCUGAUCCCAAGGAAAAAGCUAGCAAAAAAGCUAGAAAACUAAAUUCUGCUUUGAAUUCAAAAUGCAGUACAGAAACAAAGUGUAAGAAAAGGAUGAAAGUUUCUUUUACUGCUAUCUUGAAAGAUGGGUUGGUUGACAGCAAUCAAGAGGGCCACAGCAAUGAUUCUGCAAAGGGAGUUCCAUCAACGGAAAUUGUUAAAGGCGAAUCUGAUUUUAGAGUUUUAGAUGAAUCAUCAAGAAUGAAAAAGGUUCUUGAUAAAAAUGGAAUGGCUUUACGUAAAUGUGAAACCCUUACUAGCAAAACUCAAUGUUGUUUCUGUCAUUCAUUGCAAGACACAGAGGCUACAGGAGAGAUGGUCCACUACUAUGAUGGCAGGCCUGUUGCUGCAGACUACAAUGGUGGAUCCGAGGUCAUACAUUCACACAGAAACUGCACAGAAUGGGCCCCUAAUGUUUACUUCGAAGAUGACACUGCUAUUAAUCUUGAAGCUGAAUUAGCUAGAAGCCGUAGAAUAAAAUGUUGCUGCUGUGGACUCAAAGGUGCAGCGCUUGGGUGUUAUGAGAAGAGUUGUCGCAAGAGUUUUCAUGUUCCUUGUGCAAAGCUUAUAUCACAAUGUCGAUGGGAUACUGACAACUUUGUCAUGUUAUGCCCUCUUCAUGCCUCUUAUAAGCUGCCUAAUGAGAAUUCUGGACCUCAGGAAAGCAGGAAGAAGUGCAUUUCAAAAAGACAAUUGCACUCACAAUGCAAUCAAGUUGCUAUUAAAAAUGAUACUAAUACAAGUUACAACUGGAAAUCUUCACAAAACAAGUUGGUGCUUUGUUGUUCAGCCCUUACAGUAGGAGAGAGGGAAAUUGUUUCUGAGUUUGAGAGAUUAUCUAAAGUAACAGUGUUGAAGUCAUGGGAUUCAAGUGUCACCCAUGUCAUUGCAUCAACUGAUGAAAAUGGAGCAGGCAGAAGAACCCUAAAACUUUUAAUGGGUAUCUUGGAGGGGAAAUGGAUACUGAAUAUUGAGUGGGUGAAGGCCUGCAUGAAAGCCAUGAAACCUGUUGAUGAGGGGCAAUAUGAAAUUGCUAUUGACACGCAUGGAAUCAGGGGUGGUCCUCGAUCAGGAAGACAGAGAGUCAAGAAUAAGCUACCAAAGCUUUUUGAUGGAUUGAAGUUCUAUCUCAUGGGAGGGUUUGUGUCUUCCUACAAGGGAUAUCUGCAAGACCUCAUAAUUGCUGCUGGAGGAACUAUUCUACAUCGGAAACCUAUUUCAAGAGAUCAGGAACUCUUGUUUGAUUCAUCUCCAUCUACUACAACCUUCAUAAUUUACAGCCUUGAGCUGCCCGAUAAAUGUGAUCUCAGCAAGAAGACUAUGAUUUUGAAUGGCAGGCAAUCAGAAGCAGAUGUUUUAGCAAAUUCAACUGGAGCAAAAGCAGUAAGCAACUCUUGGGUUUUGAAUUCUAUUGCAGCCUGCAAAUUUCAAAGUUAUGAACAGUAAUUUAGAAAGUUCGUAGUUUUUAAAUCUGUCGUUCUGCACAUUUAGUAUCUAAUCCAUAACAAAAGUGGAUGAGUUGGUUUAUUUAUGCUCUUGCAUAUGUAUAAACAUCAUUUCAAACUAAAUUAAGUUAUUUUAUGGUUGUAUAAUAAUUCUGAAAGCUUGGUUUAAGAUUGUAUCUCUAAAGACAUGUCAUCUGUAGCUUAAUGCAUA